AUGGAUAUUGUAAAAUGUCUUUUUAAAGAAUGUUUUAUUGUAUUUACCAACAUUAAAAGAUGUAAGGAGAUUUGCACAAGUAAGAAAUCAUGUGAAGAAGCAAUCAAUACGAUUUAUGUCAAUCCAUAUGAAUUAACAAUCCAUCAUUCAUUUGAUGAAAUUAUUCCAUUAUUUCCUAAUUUACAAACAUUUUAUGUUAGAAGAUGUUCAUCAAGAUUAUACAAAAUAACAGCAAAUGAUAUUCCACUUAUUGAAGUAGGAGGAUGGAAUGAACAAUCCAAACAAACACAAGUGUUUAACACAAAAUGGUUUUGUUCCAAAAUAAGGAAAAUACGAAUAGAUGGAUAUUAUUGUAAAAAAGUAAUAGAAAAACAUCCAAAUUAUUUUAUUCAAUUACAAGAAUUAGUUGUUAUGAAUGGAAUUAAUAUUAAUGCAUUAAUACAAUUAUUUGAAUUACCAACAUUAAAAAAGUAA